ACGGUGGCUAUUUGACCAAGUAUUUGUGGAGCUUUCAUCCAAUGAUUCCAGAGCACUUUUCACGAUUCCGAUUUCUAUCUCUGGCUUCUGUUCCUUCCAGGCUUUGCUAACAAGACACAAUCCUGUUUUCAAUGAGCAGCUUUCACUUCCGCCUACGUGAAGAAGGGGGAAAUCAAGAAGGAACCAGGAAGUCCCGUCUCCAGGCUCCUGACACUUGUCGCUCGGCUUCCUCGGCCAUCAGCGACUGUAAGCAGGGAGUAGAAGGGAAGAAACGCGGGUCGGGAGGCGGGACCGCCACUCUUCCCCGGUUUCCUCCGCCGCGGACCAUGGCCGACUCGACCCGGGGUCCUUUUGCCCGGGCCCUUUUGCAGCAGUGCCUGCACGCGAGGCUGCAGGUGAAGCCUGCCGAGCCGGGCUCCGAAGCCGAGUGGGUGGAGAUACAGCGAGGACUUAUAAUCUAUGUAUGUUUCUUCAAAGGGGCUAGUGAAGAAAUUAUUCCCAAAAUGGUCAAUACGCUCGUGAAUGUGAAGUUGAGUGAAACAGAAAGCGGCGAAUACGUUUCUGUUCUGGAUUUGCCAGGCAGCAUAUUAGUAAUACCCCAGGCCACGCUGGGUGGCAAACUGAAGGGGAGAAGAAUGCAGUAUCAUUCCAACAUUGAAAAGGAAAUUGGGAUGGAGCUGUAUUCCCAGUUUGUGACUCAGUGUGAACAAGAACUGACUGCAAAUACCAAAUGUGCAGAGGCUGGGGUUGCUCUCAAGUACGGCACAUAUGGAAACCGGCAGGUGUUGAAAGUAGAUACAAAUGGACCUUUCAGUCAUAUGAUUGAGUUUUGAGGAGGGGAAAAGUGAUUUAUUUUUUAAGGACAUGCAUACUGCCUAAGGAAUGUUGCACGGUUGUGUUAAGGAAUAAGAAAUUGAUUCUAAGCAUUUGAGAGCGAGGAAAAGAUUUCAGUAAGCCCAGCUAAUAAAUAUAUUUAAUUCUUUUCAGUUAAAUUGCCUCAAAACGUCUUCCUCCUUCGUGUAUGGGACUUAACCAAUCAGUAGAUGACUAGUUAGCUCCCCGCUUGCUUAUAUUACAGCAUUCUCUUGAAAACCACUUGCCAAAUCAACAAAAGUAAAUUCCCUAACAUAGUUUU